CCCGCUGAUGAGAGCUGUCCAGUUCGAGCUUGAACCACUGACUGGGCCCUUCGCUGUUCAGUGUGUGUGUGAUCUUGACGACGACGACGACGACGAACACUCAAGGCGUACCCAUUCGUUACCUCCGCCAAUUUCACCAUCCAAACAAGGCCAAUUGGCCACGAUUUUUACACCGCAACCUUUAUCGGUUCUUUCUUUUCCUCCCGUCCGAAUCUUUGACUAUCCCUCAAGAUGCGCUUCUUCCAAUCCCUCUUGGUUGCGACCAGCUUCGCUGCCGGGGCCUUUGCAGCCAAGAAGACCACCGAGGAACGCUUUAACGAAUUUCACGCAAAGGCCCUCACCUCGUCUCCUAUCAAGCUUGCCGACAGCAGCUACAAAUCGUUGACCUCUGCGCCUCGCGACUACAGUGUUGCAGUCCUCCUUACUGCGCUCGAGAAUCGCUUCGGCUGCCAGCUGUGUCGGGAGUUCCAGCCGGAAUGGGAUCUUCUGGGUAAGACCUGGACCAAGGGCGACAAGAAGGGCGAGUCCCGCCUUAUUUUCGGUACCUUGGACUUCUCUGAUGGGCGCGAGAUCUUUAUGUCGCUCGGUCUCCAAACCGCCCCCGUCCUGCUCCUGUUCCCGCCCACCGUCGGCCCUCACGCUGUCGCUGUUGCGGAUCCUCUGCAAUACGACUUCACCAGCGGAGCCCAAUCUGCCGAGCAAGUCCACGCCUGGCUUUCGCGACACCUCACUGACCGACCACACCCCCCGGUGUCGCGUCCCAUCAACUGGAUGCGCUUGAUCUCGAUUACCACCAUCGUUCUUGGUGCUGGAACUGUCCUCGUUACUGCCUCGCCUUACAUCCUUCCCGUCAUCCAGAACCGCAACUUGUGGGCCGCCAUCAGUCUCAUUGCCAUUUUGCUCUUCACCAGCGGCCACAUGUUCAACCACAUCCGCAAAGUGCCUUAUGUCGCCGGAGAUGGUCGCGGCGGCAUCAGCUAUUUUGCUGGUGGCUUCCAGAACCAGUUCGGCUUGGAGACUCAGAUUGUUGCCGCCAUCUACGGCGUCUUGGCUUUCUGCGCCAUCUCUCUCACCGUCAAGGUUCCCCGCAUCGGUGACAACAAGAGACAACAGGUUGCUGUCAUCGCUUGGGGCGGUGUCCUGUUCCUCAUGUACAGCUUCCUACUGAGCGUUUUCCGCAUCAAGAACGGCGGCUACCCCUUCUCCCUCCCCCCUUUCAUGUAAGGAGACACAGGAUAAGCCGGCACCACCAGAGGCAAUACUUCACGCUUGCAACGUCUCGCCUCCUUCCGAAUUGCCUCCGCUACGCCGCUGCUCGCGAAGAUGACUAGCUAUACCUGCGGCCAAAAAGCCCAAUGCCCCCGUGGGCACGAAUGUAAAAUACGAGAUAGAGGGGCCUAUCAAGGCUCUUAGAGAAAGGCUGUUGGGCCCGGAAAAAACGAUAUUCGACGCAUUGAAAUACACUACCACCACUAUGCACUGUCCGGGUGGCUGGAGCUCAGGCAUCCGAUCCCCGUCCGUGACUCUUGACUGAGGAGGAUGACGGCAGCUGAUAUUCAUGUUAUUGAUGUCCUGUAGUUUCUUCCUAUGGCCGAUAUUUGAACACACCGGGCAGUCUUUGCAGUUUUAGUCAAGCUUCCUUGGCCGGCGCUCGAGGGGCAAGAAUAUCAGAGUCUUCUGGGUGCUCCAAAUCUUCGUCCGCGGACUUCGGCUAACGCCCCAGCGGCUCCAGUGGC